CGCAGCAUGAGUCAGAGAAAUCAGCAGCAGGAAAGCUCAUCUUCCAGCAGCUCUGACCCGCAGUCGACUGGCGCUCACCCCGAUGCCGGAGGCGGUUCUGCUUCGAAGAUUGCACCACUGGUGAACAAAAUUGGUGGCACGGCAGCACCUACUGCGAUCACAAGCAGUGCUGCGCACAAGAACAAGUACCAGAGUUCGGCGGCCCCGUGGGCGCGGACAGCGAGUGGUAACAUCAUUGCC